AUGCGACAUUCAUCCAAGUCUCCUUCUCCUCCCACUCGCACGCGCUCUCCCUCCCUAGGCGAAUCCUCCUCCUCGGCCAUCGAUACACGCGACACUACCCUAUCUUCAGACGACAACGACGACGCUCAGCGUCGAGACAGCGGCAGCGACAAGAACGAAGAAUCCAGCUUCUUCCACCACAUUGCAUAUCCCGUCUCGUACACCCUCAGUGGUCUCCUCCGCCGUCUCAGCGCAGACGAAGCUCCUACACCCCUCGCUCGUGCCCUGUCAGCCAACUACAACGGCGCCAUGAGCCCUUCUGCCGCCCUGUUUGACGCUCCUAAACGCCGCCUCUCGCCUUUUCAGCCUCCGCCCCUGACUCCUCUGACCUUGACGGGCUACAGAGAUGGCACCCCGCUGCCCAGUCGCUUGCUAGAAAAGGCCCUGGCAGAAGAGAUUCGCUUGCUGAUGCCGCCGCGAGUCCAGCUUGUUGAUGAAUGGAAGCUUAUCUACUCGUUGGAGCAAAACGGCACAUCCUUGGCCAGUCUAUACAACUUGAGCGACGAUUACAGAGGAAAGAGAGGUGGCUUUGUUCUGGUAGUUAGAGACGCCAGCCAAGGGAUCUUCGGCGCCUACCUUUCCGACCCACCUCAGCCCCAUCCCCAUUACUACGGCACUGGCGAGUGUUUCUUGUGGAGCGCUUCCCGUUUACCUUCGAUGCCCGAUCUAUCGUUGUUGCCUCCGCCUCCGUCAGCAGACACCACACACAUGCAGCGUAGCACAACAAUCGCUACUACAGAAAAGCCCUCUUUGACCCCUUCCUCGAGAAGUGGUACAUCUACACCCGACAGAAUCCGGUUCAAGGCUUUCCCUUACACCGGCGAAAACGAUUACACAAUCUUUUGUCAGCAAGGCUUCUUGAGUGUUGGUGGUGGUGAUGGUCAUUACGGACUUUGGUUGGACAACAAUCUGGCCAGGGGUGUCAGUUCGCCUUGUCCUACUUUCGAAAAUGCUCGUUUGAGUGAUGAGGGCGAGAAAUUUGGAGUUCUCGGGGUUGAACUAUGGUACAUUGGCUCUUGA